CGGAGACACACCGGGAGCAUGAGACGGUAAAGUACGGAUUAAAGACAGCUGUCCAUCGGACAUGGGACAUGUCGCUGCGGAUCAUAGUGAAUCCUAUCAGCGGGGUGUUGUUUAACACUAAAAUCAUCUCAGUGCAUGUUCGUCAACAGCCGUUGGGAAAUAUGGCUGCGUAUGAUGUGUCCUUUUCUUCUACAAUAUAAUAAUGGCCUUGUAUUAAUGGGGUUUAAGAUAUGAUGACAGACAGUCACUGGCAGUGUGUUGGAACACAGCCUGAUCUGACAGCAUGGGACUCAAGCUCAGUGCAAAGGGGCAGCAGAGCCACAGGCUGGUGAUCUUCGCAGCCAUCUUCGUCCUGAUGACACUCCUCAUCCUCUAUGGCUCCAACAAUGUCAACGAUAACAUCUACUCUCCGCUACAUCUGGCUAUAAAUAAGGCCAUCAAGGCCACAGAUCUGAAGAAGUGGUCUGGGAAAGACGGAUAUGUGCCAUUCCAUGGGAACAAGACGAUGAGUCUGCACUGUGGCAGCUGUGCUCUGGUGACGAGCUCCAGCCACGUCCUGGGGAGUCGAGCCGGGGCGGAGAUCGACCGGGCGCAGUGUGUGAUCCGGAUGAACGACGCCCCCACGCUGGGCUUCGAGGCGGACGUGGGGAACCAGACGUCUCUGAGGGUGGUGGCCCACUCCAGCGUGUUCAGGGUGGUCCGCAGGCCAAGCGAGUUCCUGCACAGGCCCGACAGCAGCCCCGUGAUCAUCUUCUGGGGACCCCCCAACAAGAUGGGGAAGGACGCCAAAGGGACCCUGUACCGGCUGAUCCAGAGGGUCAGCACCACCUACAGCAACAUGUCCUGCUUCAGCAUCACCGCCAGCAAGAUGCGCCGCUUCGACAGCCUGUUUCACCGGGAGACCGGGCGGGACAGACAGAAAUCUCACUCCUGGCUGAGCACAGGCUGGUUCACUAUGGUCAUUGCCAUCGAGCUUUGUGAUAGUAUCAAAGUGUAUGGGAUGGUCCCACCCAAUCAUUGUGGAAAAUUUAAACCUCCAGCCAAAAAGAUGCCCUACCACUACUACAAGCCCAGGGGGCCGGAUGAGUGUGUCACGUACCUGCAGCAUGAGGGGGGGCGCAGAGGGAACCACCAUCGCUUCAUCACGGAGAAACAAGUGUUUGGCCGCUGGGCGAAGCAGUACAACAUCACCUUCUCUCACCCCAAAUGGGUUUAGACUUUAGUGGGAAAGAAAGAGAGAAAUAUACAAACUCACAGUGGCCUGACUGAGAGGAUGAGCCCUCGUGAAGCCACAUACUCACAGGGGCCUGACUGAGAGGAUGAGCCCUCGUGAAGCCACAUACUCACAGGGGCCUGACUGAGAGGAUGAGCCCUCGUGAAGCCACAUACUCACAGGGGCCUGACUGAGAGGAUGAGCCCUCGUGAAGCCACAUACUCACAGGGGCCUGACUGAGAGGAUGAGCCCUCGUGAAGCCACAUACUCACAGUGGCCUGACUGAGAGGAUGAGCCCUCGUGAAGCCACAUACUCACAGGGGCCUGACUGAGAGGAUGAGCCCUCGUGAAGCCACAUACUCACAGUGGCCUGACUGAGAGGAUGAGCCCUCGUGAAGCCACAUACUCACAGUGGCCUGACUGAGAGGAUGAGCCCUCGUGAAGCCACAUACUCACAGUGGCCUGACUGAGAGGAUGAGCCCUCGUGAAGCCACAUACUCACAGUGGCCUGACUGAGAGGAUGAGCCCUCGUGAAGCCACAUACUCACAGUGGCCUGAUUGAGAGGAUGAGCCCUCGUGAAGCCACAUACUCACAGUGGCCUGACUGAGAGGAUGAGCCCUCGUGAAGCCACAUACUCACAGUGGCCUGACUGAGAGGAUGAGCCCUCGUGAAGCCACAUACUCACAGGGGCCUGAUUGAGAGGAUGAGCCCUCGUGAAGCCACAUACUCACAGUGGCCUGAUUGAGAGGAUGAGCCCUCGUGAAGCCACAUACUCACAGGGGCCUGAUUGAGAGGAUGAGCCCUCGUGAAGCCACAUACUCACAGUGGCCUGAUUGAGAGGAUGAGCCCUCGUGAAGCCACAUACUCACAGUGGCCUGACUGAGAGGAUGAGCCCUCGUGAAGCCACAUACUCACAGUGGCCUGAUUGAGAGGAUGAGCCCUCGUGAAGCCACAUACUCACAGGGGCCUGAUUGAGAGGAUGAGCCCUCGUGAAGCCACAUACUCACAGUGGCCUGAUUGAGAGGAUGAGCCCUCGUGAAGCCACAUACUCACAGUGGCCUGACUGAGAGGAUGAGCCCUCGUGAAGCCACAUACUCACAGUGGCCUGACUGAGAGGAUGAGCCCUCGUGAAGCCACAUACUCACAGUGGCCUGACUGAGAGGAUGAGCCCUCGUGAAGCCACAUACUCACAGGGGCCUGAUUGAGAGGAUGAGCCCUCGUGAAGCCACAUACUCACAGUGGCCUGACUGAGAGGAUGAGCCCUCGUGAAGCCACAUACUCACAGUGGCCUGAUUGAGAGGAUGAGCCCUCGUGAAGCCACAUACUCACAGUGGCCUGAUUGAGAGGAUGAGCCCUCGUGAAGCCACAUACUCACAGGGGCCUGAUUGAGAGGAUGAGCCCUCGUGAAGCCACAUACUCACAGUGGCCUGACUGAGAGGAUGAGCCCUCGUGAAGCCACAUACUCACAGUGGCCUGACUGAGAGGAUGAGCCCUCGUGAAGCCACAUACUCACAGUGGCCUGACUGAGAGGAUGAGCCCUCGUGAAGCCACAUACUCACAGGGGCCUGACUGAGAGGAUGAGCCCUCGUGAAGCCACAUACUCACAGUGGCCUGACUGAGAGGAUGAGCCCUCGUGAAGCCACAUACUCACAGUGGCCUGACUGAGAGGAUGAGCCCUCGUGAAGCCACAUACUCACAGGGGCCUGACUGAGAGGAUGAGCCCUCGUGAAGCCACAUACUCACAGGGGCCUGACUGAGAGGAUGAGCCCUCGUGAAGCCACAUACUCACAGGGGCCUGACUGAGAGGAUGAGCCCUCGUGAAGCCACAUACUCACAGGGGCCUGACUGAGAGGAUGAGCCCUCGUGAAGCCACAUACUCACAGUGGCCUGACUGAGAGGAUGAGCCCUCGUGAAGCCACAUACUCACAGGGGCCUGACUGAGAGGAUGAGCCCUCGUGAAGCCACAUACUCAUGAAAACGCCAAGAGGACGAAGAAUCUUUUGGUCAAAAGCGUUUGGACCAAAUGAGAGGAAAUAACGGAGGAAAUAAUAUAUUGUGUAAAUCCCACAUUGGUGACCGUCCGACAGGUGUUUUUGUACAUAGAGAAGAAAUUGAAUUUAAAGAGGAAUUUUUACAUGUUUCUAAUAUUUUUGUUAUUGAAAAUGCACUUGUGUUUCCCAUGCUCAGGGGGAUUAUAUAAGCAAGCAUUCUCAUGAAACACAAUAGACUACAAAACACUAUUUGAGCUCUACAUCAACCGUCUACUAUACAAAUGUGAAACUACAGUAACUGCAGAUACACAUUUUUGCUGUUGAUUUGAAUGUUUUCAUGAAAUUGAGUUAAAGUUGAUGCCUCAUGACCUUUUUACCUCAGUGGCAUUUCAGCGCAUGCAUCUUCAAUUCACAAAAUGCAUCGUGAUCGUGUUAUAUAUAUCAGUAUGUUGCUAUUAACUAAACGUGACUAAACUAAACAGGAUGCAGAGAAGGGUGCAAUAUCUAAAACUGUGAUGCCUUUUGCAAACCAAGUGUUCCUUCAUCUUUAAGGGAGCAAUGUGCUUGGUCAGAAGCCAGUAUAGUUGGGUUUUUGGAAAAAAUACAUAAUCCACAUCAACUGCUGCUACUUUACUGAUAUUAAAUUGCCUGCGAAAUAUAUCAAGAUAUUACUAUUACUACAAAAUGUCUAUAUUGCAUAUAAUGCAAAAACAUUCAAUAGCUAAGACACCCAAGUUAUAUAAAUAAGGAAAAACUAAGUAUAAUAAACAUUAAUUAAACAGAUGCAAUUCAGCAGCACAACAAUACAGGCCUCAAAAUAUUGUAUUACUACUAUUCUAAAAAUUAAAUCUGAACAUUUAUGAAGGUAUUAUUUAUUGCAGGAGUUGUAUCAAACUGUAUUGCCACAUGUACCUAAUUAUGUGGGAACUGAGUGGAUAUCAAGCUAAUCCACAAAUACUCCAAACAACAAACGCAUACUGCACUCCUGUGCAAACCUGGUAUUAAAAUGACAUAUUUGCCUGG